GGAAUGUUGAUAUAUGGCUUCCAGAGAGAACAUAUAAUCUUUGUAUGAAGAGAUGAAGUUGUUAAAUACUGCUUGAAGUGAAAAGGGAUUGAAAUUACAGCUGACAUACGGUGUUCCCAGUGUUUCAGAUAUUUUAAAAACCUGGAUUUUGAGGUAGGUUUUUCUUCGCAAGUUACUCAUCGGCACACAUAGGAAGGAAUAAGUGAAUAGUGGGGAUAUUCAGACUUACCCCAAGUCUGACUGGAGAAGAGAACCUUCUCUGCUCCCACAGAAGCCCCAGGGGAGUCUCUGCUGAUGAGAGAUGCAAAGACUCCCAACAAGUCAUGCUGACACUGAGAUCUUUUCUCCAAGCUGAGCAACUGUCCCACAGGCUGGGAGCAAUUGUGGCCAGGUUCUUUUUCUGGGGCUCCUUGAAUAACCUCUCCUCAUUUCUCAGUGAAGAGAGACCAUGCAAAGCAGCAUGGUGGGCAGUUCGGGAGUGAGAAAGAUCCUAUUUUUGCCUUGAGAGACGGGGGCAGAGAGCAACAGACAGAUCAUUCUUGUGCCAAAUUGGUGCUCUGCACCCCAACCCCAUUUACCCCCUCCAGUCCCCACACUGCCCCCUAGAGCUCGGGCUGACAGAGGACCCCACAUGCAGGGCUUGACAGUGGGGCUGCCAGGAGGGAACUCAGGGCCAAGUGGAGUGUGGGGCUGGCAGUGGAGCCAGGACACCCAAAACCUGGGGUUGCUGCAGCACCCUACUUGCCCCACCUAUGGGAGAGGUUGGUCCUAGAAGGAAAGUGAUCGGACUGCAGACUUUCCAGACAGGUUCAUCAUCACAUUUGACAUGACCUUUGUAAUAAAAACAGAGACAUCAUUUUAAUUCACCUCCUGAAAGUAAAUUCAUAUGACAACAUUUCCAAAACAAAUGGCUCUUUAAAAAAUCGUAGAUCCAUAACUGUACAAUGAAGGCAGCCAUCCCAGGAUCUUUGGUGUAACUUUAAAAUGCAAACAGUCCAUACUAAAUCUUAAGAAUCCAAACCAAUUCCAGUGAGGACCAUUAAAUACCACAUAGAAUUUGGAUUUCAGAAGCAUGCUGCCACUGAAGAUAAUGGUAAAAUUCUCAUUGACUUCAAUGGGAGCAGAGUUAGACCAACACUGAGAACUUCUGAAACUUAUUCACAGCUUGUAUGUCAGCACUUUCAUUAUAAUCCCGUAUUUUUAAAAUGCAUCAGUAACUACACUUAUAUAACCCAUUUUAUCUCUAUCAGUUACCUGUUUAUCUCUCUGUAGAUUAGGUCCUCAUUCAGUUUGGUACAUGUCAAAUUUUAAGCAUGUCAAUAAUCCCAUUGGCAACAAGUAGAACUACUCCUGUGCUUACAGUUAAAUACUUGGGGCUCUGUCUUCCUGUUUAAAAAAAAAAAACCCUCCUUGUAAAAUGUAAAUUAAAAGUUUAAAACAACCCAAAACAAUACUUAGCAGUAAAAGUUGUAUAUAGGCUGAAAUUUAGCUUACAAAAUCUUAAGUCAAGGGUGAUCUAAAAAACCAGUUUAGUCUGUUUUAAACUGAUAAGUUUAAUUCAUAAUUCCAAAGGGGCUUAGAUUUUGAAAAAUAAUUUUAAUUACUUUUGCUGUUUUCAAAAUAUAGCCAUCUGAAUAAUUUAACAUAAAAAGUUUGCUAUUUUUUUUUGCACAGGAAGUAGUUUUCAUAUGCUUAAUGUACCUUCCAAAAUAUAUAUUUACAGUACAUAGUGUAUGAUGGCACAACAGUUGUAAAGGAGCCAUUGUCUGUUAUGUACAUAAUAUAUUAUUUUAAAAUGCUUUAAAUAUGUAUUUAUAUGGUAAAUGAGAGUAGUAUAUUGCAAUAACACUUCCUGUGAGAGAGUAUUUUGUAGCCUCUAGUUAGUCAAUAUUUAAAUAAACAAGUGCAGAAAUCCCUCUACUUAAACAUUCAGGUUGCUAAAAUCAAUAAAAGCGAAGAAAUGCAAAGCUCUUCUUCAAGUGGUUGCUCAUGUCCAUUCGAAUAAGGUGUGUGUGCUGCGUGCACUGUCUCUCCGGAGUGUUUUCCCAAGCGGUACCCGUAGCGCCGGCAGGUCUCCCCCUGGAGUGGCGCCGCUAUAGCGGAGCAUAAGUACCUCUGCCGGCGCUCACCCUCCUCAGUUCCUUCUUACCACCUGUGACAGUCGUUGGAGCGUGUCUAUCUUCUGUAAUUAAUGGUUCCCGUUUCUAGUUAGAGUAGUGUUUGUAAAUAGUUCAAGUAGUUAGUUAGCAAGUUCUUUGUUCUCCUUACCCCCCUUUGGGGGUAAGGAAUGCCAGGGCCACAAGGCUUUAAGGCUUGUGCGGUAUGUGCGAAGUUCAUGCCUAAAGGGGACCCUCAUGAUAGUUGUUUAAAGUGUUUGGGUGAGGACCACUUAGCAGACGCCUGUAAGAUCUGCAGGUCGUUCAAACCGCACACGAAGAGGGAGAGAGAUUCACAUUUGAAGCUCCUCCUUCAACCGGCACCGGCUGGUCACUCCUACCGACUCCGGUAGGGGCGCCGUCUCUUGGGCAGUUGGACUUUGUGGUGCCUUACUCGCAACCAACACCAAGUUCGGCACCGUAUGCAAGGUGCGGCGUGUCAGCACCACAACCAGGCAUGGAUACAGUUUUUCCGGUGCUGGCACCGGUACGACCUCCUCGCCGUGCACACGUGAGCAAGCCUGAGUCAAUGGCCAGGCUCGCGCCCCCAACGGUACCAGUGUAUUCGUUUUCGGCUCCACCCUGGCCCGAAUCUGAUUAUUCCUCAGAUUCGGAUGCAGGCUCAAUCAGAUCGGGGUCCUCGAGGCUGUCGUCGGGGCACAGAUCCUGCUCUCAGCACGGGCGAGAUCGGCCCCACAUGCAGCAGACCUGGCCUCCUCAGCCUCAGUGGCCGUUCUGGACACUGUGGGCAUAUCAUCAGUGGCAGGGGCCUGUGCCUCCUUCCAUGGUGGCCAGUGUUUUGGGGCACCAAUCGACCCCGUCGGCAUCUCUGUCGCGACUCCCUCCCUCCUUGGAUGCAACGAGGGACCCCACAACCUCAGUACCGGAGCCACCACCGGCGCCAGUGGUACUUGCCCAGCCAGUGAUACCCCCCACCCAGGCCCUACGCUGGACCUGGUGUCAAUUCAGGACUCAUCGUCUCCUCCUGAUGAGGCUUUAGCAGAUCCGGCUCUGGCUAUGCCAACUAUGGAUGCUAGGUCGCAUCAGGAGCUGCUUUGCUGCCUGGCCUCCAACCUAGGUGUCUCGGUGGAACCUGUUAUAGAGGACACGGAUCCUAUGAUAGACAUCCUGUCCGAUGAUGCUCCCGCCCACUUGGCUUUGCCACUUAAUAAGACCAUGGCUAAGAUCACGAACACCCUAUGGCAGACCCCGGCUUCCUUAACCCCUACCUUAAAGGGAGUUGACAGGCGCUAUUAUGUCCCGCAGUCGGGACACAAACACCUGUAUUCCCAGCCUGUCCCGGGGUCCUUGGUCAUCCGAGCUGCGGCUCAGAAGGAGAGGCUUCCACUGCCGGGGCCUUCCCCGAAGACCAGAGAGCCCAAGUGCCUUGAUCUUGUGGGGCGUAAAGUGUAUGCCACUGGUGGGGUGCAACUCCGCAUCGCAAAUCAGCAGGCGAUGCCGAGCCACUACACAUACAAUACAUGGCAGGCAAUGGACAAGUUUAAAGACAAACUUCCCCCCAAGGCCUGUCAGGAGUUUGGGGCUAUGAUCACGGAGGGCAGAACCAUCACCUGCAUGGCGCUUCAGGCCUCCCUGGACGCGGUUGACUCUGCAGCCCGCACCAUGGCUUCGGGGAUAGUUAUGCGCCAUGGUGCCUGGCUCCAGGUUUCUGGGAUACCUGCUGACGUCCAGAAUAGAAUACCGGACCUGCCCUUCGAGGGCAAGUCAUUAUUCUUGGAGCAUACCGACUCUAGGCUCUAUACGCUGAAGGAUACUAGGUCGACUCUUCGCUUUUUGGGGUUCCACACACCGCCCCCUCAGCGAUGUCAGCUCCCCUUCAGACAACAGGGGAGAAUGCAGUCCCAGGUCCCCUGUGGGGAUUACUGGAGACGCCGUCCUCAUGCUCCGAGUGAUGGUACGGAGGCAGCUGCGGCCCCCUCCUUGACAAGGGCUCAUCGUCGCCGCCCAAGAGGAGACAACACCCGUGGGGUUGGACAGGGCCUCUCUCAACAAUCCAAACACCCAUUUUGAUGGGUCCCUAGGGAGUUGUGUACCAGUCGCUUCCCCUGGCCUCCUGUUUGGGGCCAGGUUAUCCCGGUUUGCCCUCGCCUGGGCAGAAAUUACCUCAGAUGCCUGGGUACUCGGCACAGUCAGGAGUGGAUAUGCUAUCCCUUUCCUGGGCCCUCCCCCUUCCAACCCACCCUCCCCAUCCCUUUUCAGGGACACCUCUCAUGAAGGGAUUCUUUGGCAGGAGGUGUUGGUACUCCUCGAAAAAGAAGCGGUAGAGAGGGUCCCUCCAAGUUUACAGGGCAAGGAGUUUUAGUCCCACUAUUUCAUCAUCCCCUAACCCAAUGGUGGGGUUCGUCCCAUUCUGAUUACCGAAAUCUGCAGGGCGGCCACGUGGUCGUCAGAACACACUUUUACGAUGCACUAUGCGCUGACACAGCAGGCCAGGGAGGAUGCAGGGUUGGGUUCUGUGGUCCUCAGGUCUGUGUUGUGAUUGUGUUUGUUUCUGUACCACAUUGCAUCUUUCAAUCCGUUCUCUGUGUUCUGUUAGUUGAAUAAAUAUGUUCUGGGUGGUUCAACUUUCAUCUUCUUCGAGUCGUCUUCUUCGAGUGGUUGCUCAUGUCCAUUCGAAUUAGGUGUGCACACUGCGUGAACCGUGUCUUCCAGAGCGUUUUCCCUAGCGGUACCCAUAGCGCUGGCAGGGCACCCCCUGGAGUGGCACCACCAUGGCGGGGCAUAAGUACCCCAGCCAGUGCUCCCCCUCCUCAGUUCCUUCUUACCGCCUAUGACAGUCAUUGGAGCGCGUCUCUCUGUUAGAGCAGUUAAUAGUUCCCGUUUCUCUUAGUGUUUUAAAUAGUUCUAAAUAGUUCAAAUUAGUUAGAUAGUUAGUGGCUCUUUGUUUUUUCUUCUCCCCCUUUGGGAGUGAGGAAUGCCAGGGCUGCAAGGCUUUAAGGCGUGUGCUGUGUGCGCAAAGUUUAUGCCCAAAGGAGACCCUCACGAUAGUUGUCUGAAGUGUCUGAGUGAGGGCCACCUAACAGACGCCUGUAAGAUCUGCAGGUCAUUUAAGCAGCGCACUAAGAGGGAGAGGGACUCUCGUUUAAAACUUCUCCUCGUGGAGGCGGCUUUACAACCGGCACCGACUGGACAAUCGGUGGUGUGCAUUGCACCGGUGUCUACGCGCAACUCUCCAUCUCGGGAGUGGGCCUCAGUAUCCAGGGCUCGGCACCGUUCUCACUCCCUGGCACCGAAGAGAUCAAGAACGUCCUGUGGUAGGUCUCCAAGCCGGAAGUCCAAGUCGGGCCUACACCGCAGUGCCGAGUCUCCGGUGCGCACGUCCUUGUCUACCACUGUGCGGCGUAAGUGAGCGGGACGACCACCAAGCCCAGGGCAGCUACCUUCGCACCGUCCCUCCAAGUCGGACGCUUUUGAGGCGGUGCAUGAUCUUAUUAGCCUCACUACCUCCCCUCCGUCGUCAGUUGAGGCGGAGAGGUCGAGGUCGUCUACGCCGGAGGCCGUGCUGGCACUGGCUUCGCCUCCGCACUGGCGUGAUCGGCCGGCACCAGUCGCUUAUGCUGUGGGACCAGUACCGCUUGCCUCUACCUCAGUGCCAGCCUCGAUGCAGGCCGCCAGGCUUCACCUGGUGCUCGAUUGGGCUUGACCCCCCUCGGGUGCUGGGACCUCUUCCAGACCUUGUCUUGGCUGCACCGGUGUCAUAUCACCCAAGCCUUGCGGCACCAUCAUCGGUACCAGCGCUGAGCAGCUUUCCUGGGGUGCUGCUCUAGUCUUCGGCACCAGGCCCUUCAGCAUCAAGCUCUUCAGCACCGAUGCAAGUUCCGGCUCCGGGCUCUUCGGCACUGAUACAGGUUUCGGCACCGUUACAGGUACUGACAUCGGCCCCAUGGGCCAUGCCGGUGCCACCAUCGCCGGUAACAUUGGUCUCUUCGAGGUUCGUCUCGACAACUCUACCACCUUCGUUCCAGCUUGCGGUAGAGUCUCCGGGAACAGCGAUGGGGCUGCUACCAGAAGGACUUUCGGGGCUCUGCGCUGGCAACCAAUACCGACUUCGACAGCACAGCCAUGCACCGUGUCGGAACCACAACCAGCACCGGGACCUGUCUUCCCAGCACCGGCUCCACUCCCAGUACUGGUACCUGUCCUCCCAUUGCCGCAUCCGGAACUGCAACUGGCACCGGGACCUGCCGCAACUGGCACUGGCACGCCCUCAUCGCACGUACGCGGGCAAACCCUAGUCUAUGGCCACGUUUGCUCCCCUGUUGGUGGUAGGGCAUUUGCCAUCUGUGCCUCCCUGGCCUGAGUCUGACGACUCAACGGAUUCUGAUCCAGCCUUGUUCAGGUCAGAGUCCUUGGGAGCUUCCUCGCGUCAUAGAUCCUGUAC